ACGCGGCGGGCAGCAGCAGGUGUGGACGGUCCGUAGUGUUAUUUCUUUAUUUUGGUGUGAUUGCUGGAGCUUGUGGGCCAAUGCUACACCGUGUGGUCACACUGAAGCGGGUUCUGGUCCAGCUCCGGGUUUGAAAGCCUCGUCGAGAUGUCGUCGGUUGAACAUGACGGCACCUUCAGUCAGCUCAAUAAGUUUGAGAAACUGUCGUGGAGGCCCCUCAGCCGCGACCCAGGCUCCAAGAAGCGAGCACGGUGGCUUCAGGCUCGGCGCAUUUUCGCCCCUUCCUGCCCCAACCUACGGAUCCCCAACAGGUUUCUGAGAGAAGGUGCUGAAAGACAUUGUGUACCCCCAGCCCGGAGCGGACACCGCUGUGUGGCAGACAGCACCAACCUGUAUGUGUUUGGAGGUUACAACCCAGACUUUGACGAGGCAGGCGGGUCAGAGAAUGAAGACUACCCUCUCUUCAGGGAGCUUUGGCGGUUUCAUUUUGCCACGGCCACCUGGCAGCAGGUCCGCACAGAGGGUUACAUGCCGACAGAGCUGGCCUCUCUGUCAGCUGUUUUACAUGGCAACAACCUUCUUGUGUUUGGUGGCACGGGGAUUCCAUUUGGUGAAAACAACGGCAAUGACGUCCAUGUUUGCAAUGUUCAGUACAAACGAUGGAACCUGCUCAACUGCAGAGGGAAGAAACCCAACAAGAUCUAUGGACAGGCCAUGGUCAUCAUUAAUGGCUACCUCUACGUGUUUGGCGGGACAACAGGCUACCUUUACAGUACAGACCUGCACAGGCUGGACCUGACCACCAGAGAGUGGACCCACCUCAAACCCAACAAUGCACCCUCAGAUCUACCAGAGGAGAGGUACAGACAUGAACUAGCCCAUGAUGGACAGCGAAUAUACAUUUUAGGAGGUGGGACUUCCUGGACGUCAUAUCCCCUGGACAAGAUUCACGCAUAUAACUUGGAGACAAAUUACUGGGAGGAGAUUGUCAGCAAACCCCACGAAAAAAUAGGAUAUCCUGCUGCUCGCCGUUGUCACAGCUGUGUGCAGGUCAAAGAUGAGGUGUUUAUAUGUGGGGGUUAUAACGGAGAGCUGAUCCUAUCCGACCUGUGGAAAAUCAACCUGCAGACAUUUCAGUGGACCAAGCUGCCGGCCGCCAUGCCAGAACCGGCCUAUUUUCACUGUGCUGCAGUCACUCCGGCUGGCUGCAUGUAUGUUCACGGCGGUGUCGUCAACAUGUCUGGGAACAGAAGGACUGGCUCUUUGUACAAACUGUGGUUGGUGGUGCCCAGCCUGCUGGAGCUGACCUGGGAGAAGCUGCUGAAAACAUUCCCUCAUUUAGCUCAGCUGUCCACGCUUCAGCUGCUCAGCAUGGGACUGACGCACACACUAAUUCAGCGGCUGAAAUAGACAAAGCACAGAGACUGAAGGAAGUGGUAUGUGAUGAAACAGCACUGACUCUAAAAUCACUGAUGACUAGGAAAAGAUAGUCUGACGUCAGAAGUUUCUGAAAAACUUUGAAUGCCUUUUAACUUUAGUUUAAUGUAAAUGUCCUUGUAAAGGGAAAAAAAGUUUUUCUGCAAUGACUUUCUUUGUAUGUGGUGGGUCAGAUUUGAGUUUGCAUGAAUCCAUCAGAAGUCAUGAAUCAGUGUGGACACCUGAAUCAUUGUUUCUUUUGCUUUGCACUCAAAAAAAUGUUGGUCAACUCCAUAUUGCAUUCCCCAUUUUCUAUUUAAUUUUUUUACCACACAUUGCUGUCGUAUGAGCUGGAAUAGCUAAAUGUCCCAGGCAAAUUGAAUGUUUCUUCUGCUAGUGUCAUUUUAGAUUACAUUCAGCGACGGAGCUCAGCUCGUUUCACUGUUCAGACAUAGGUUAGAUCAAACAUUGCUGAUAUAAACCUAAAUUUCCCAUUUAGUUAGAGAGAAAUGGGCCAGAUUAAAUGGGCACACUGCUGAUUAAGCAUCGGCACGUUACAACUGUGAUACCUAAAAGUCUAAGUAGGUCAAUUAUUUAAAGCAUCAUGUUUCAGCCUCCAGGGCUUUCUGAUUGCAUGCUGAUAUCGAACUUUGAUCGUAAAUGUACAAUACAAAUUUUAAAUGUUCCUCCCACUGGUCACAUUAGGCCUUGUGAUCAUAAAAAAAAAUAAUAAUAAUAACAUCUGUGACAUGGCAUCACUGUGAAUCUUCUAGUGCCUCUUUGGUUAUUCUUCUUCUUUAAGGAAACAUUAGAAAUAAAUGAAUGCACCUGUAGCUCCACAGUGAUUCUUAAGCCUUUUUGUUUCUACAUUCGGUGCCUUCUGAAUUUCCUAAAUGUCACACAUAUUGUUUUUACACAUCAGUGAAUCAGACCUUUCUUAGAAUGUUUGUUUUCUCAGUGCAUGUACAUGUAGCUUUUUUCCCCCCAUGUGUUUUACCUGGUUUUCGCCACAUGAGCCUUUUGUUGCUGAACCUUUCUGCUCACGAGUAAUCAGCAGCCGCCGCUUACAGCUAACGAUUUUACAAUAACUUAAAUACACAUUUGUUACCUAUUUAUUUGAAUCACUCUCCUGCUGUUUUAUUUUAUUACAAAACUUUGAAUUGUAGCCAAACAUGAAGCUUCUUUUCUUUUCCCAUUAUUUCAUUGUCAUUUCAGUUCAGUUUAUGCCUAAACUUCAUUUUCACCUUUUAUACUGUAACAUAGACUCUGUUGUUUUUUUUUGUUUUACUUUUGGUCUUGUUUUUCCAGAAGAAUUGUGCUGUGGUACUUUUAACAAGAAACAAGGUAGAGUCUUGAGGUGUACUCAGGAUGUGAAAUACUGUGAUCAGACUCAGUCUGAAGAACUCCAUAAACAUUCACUAUUGCCAAAAUGUCAAGUCUUUUUUUUGUAAAAGCAGAUUUAUGCAUGCAGAGAUGACUUUGAUGAACCAAAUCUUUUUGCGGUAACUGCUGACUGUAAAUCUUAAAUACGGUAGUAACGCACCAGCUGCUUGUAUUCAGUCACAUCUUUGCCUAUUUUUAUCUCCUAUUUUGUCAACUUUUACCUUUUAUCACACACGAUCACUGUAACUGCCGGUACAAUACUAAGCUAACUCUUCUCAAAUGUAUUGUAUCAUAAUGCCCAUUUUCUUAUUCAAAACUGCUCAGUUAGUUUCUUAUGUUUGACAUGUUAUGGCCUUAUUUAUCUUAUUAUGAAGCAACAGCUUCAUUUUGUGCUCAGACUUGAUAAAUGUACUGCCUUGCUUAAGAUUGAGAUGUUUAUAUUUACAUCAAUUGGGAUGUUAAUGAAAGUUAAAUUAUCUCUUGCAUGACAGUAUGGUGUGCAUGUCACUUUAUAUAAACUCUCGGGAGAAAAGCUAAAUGUCUCCUCAAAAGCAAUUAUGGCUGUAAUGUACAUUAUAUUUUGUAAUUCCUGACAGUACAAACAAUAAAAACACAGGCAGACAGGUUUUCAAACUG